UUUGAGGACCAUAGAGAAUUUCUUUUGUGUGCAAGUUGGUAUCAGUGGAUGUCUGUUAAGCUUGCCUGCUAGCUUGGCCAUUGCUUUAUUUUUUUAUUUUGUUUCUUCUUUUUUAUCUGUCCUCUUGUUUUUGUGCCCAAGCACGAAUCUUCCUUGUAUUUGGCCUCAAAUGAAGAGAUGGGCCCAAGACACUCACAACCCAGAUUUGUGGUGUCCUUAAACGAUGCAGUUAAAUACUAGUCCGUGUACGGCUGGGAGCAAAUAUCGAGUCUUUAAGGAUUCUUUGUGAAUUUUUUAUCCUUAGGAGCAUGAAAGCAAGAAGAGGAAAACGUUCUGAGCCAUUUUGGCCUUCCAUUGUGAUGAAAAAAUGGCUUAAUAUCAAGCCAAAGGUUUAUGAUUUUAGCGAAGAUGAAGUAGAUACAGAGAGCGAAGAUGAUGCCUGCUCGAUUAAAAAUGAAGCUGUGCGAGAUGAUCCUGUUGAUAAUGCUCCGGGAUAUCAGUCAUUUUGCUCAAUUAAAACUCCAGGGAAUCCAAUGAAAGACUGCUCAAUACAACACCGGAGAGGAAAAUCAGAAACUCUGAGGCUUCAGUACAUAAAUACAAAAGAUUUGAAGGUAACAAUAGGCACGUGGAAUGUUGCCGGAAGGCUUCCAGAUGAUGAUCUUGAUAUUGAUGAAUGGCUCUUCUUGCAAGAGCCAGCGGAUAUAUACAUUAUUGGUUUUCAAGAGGUAGUUCCCCUGAAUGCCGGGAAUGUACUUGGAGCAGAAACUCGAAGACCUAUUCCCAAAUGGGAAGCCAUCAUUCGAAAAACCUUGAACAAGUCAUUCGAACCCGAAACCAAACACAAAAGCUACAGUGCUCCUCCUUCGCCAGUCUUCCGAACUUCCUCGGCUUCUGAUGUAUUGGCUGAUGUGGACGAGGCCACCGUGCUGGAAAUGACGAGCGCUCGAAACAACUUUCAGCUACAGAGAACAUAUAAUGCUGACUGGGAUAAUACCAGAUUGGACUGGCCAGAGCAGUCUUUAGAUACGACACCUCAGUCUCUCUCCUCAAGAGCCAAAUUAAGACGAGUACUAAGCAGCUGUGCAACAAUUGAGUCGAGCAGCAGCACUCGGAAUUUUUUGCUCGGUGGUUCGGGUUUGAAAAGAAUGCACCGUAGCUCGGGAAAUUUGUGCUUGGUUGGCAUUGGCCGGGAAAAUAAUGGCUUUGAUGAUGCUCUGUAUUCUGUGUCAGAUGAUUUGGAUCGAAUUUCGGGUGGGGAGGAAGUGGAAGAAGAAGAAGAAGAAGAAGAAGAAGAAGAAGAAGAAGAAGAAGAAGAAGAAGAAGAAGAAGAGGGAUAUCCUUUUGAGGUCGAAAACAACAAAAGUGAUCUUUCGAAUGAUAUUGUGCAGUCACACCAAAGUUAUGUUCGGAUUGUGAGUAAGCAGAUGGUCGGGAUAUAUUUGUCGGUUUGGGUUCGGAGAAGGUUGAGGAGGCACAUAAAUAACUUGAAAGUCUCUCCUGUUGGAAUCGGGUUAAUGGGCUAUAUGGGGAACAAGGGAUCUGUAUCUGUUAGUAUGUCUCUUUUCCAAAGUCGAUUGUGCUUUGUUUGUUCCCAUUUAACGUCUGGUCAGAAGUAUGGGGCCGAGCAAAGGCGUAACUCGGAUGUUCUUGAGAUAAUAAAGCGGACUCAUUUUUCAUCCGUUUUUGACAUAGACCAGCCACAGACAAUCCCUUCCCAUGACAAGAUAUUCUGGUUCGGAGAUUUGAAUUACCGCAUCAAUAUGUUAGAUGGGGACGUAAGGAAACUUGUUGAUAAAAAACAGUGGGCCGAGCUUCUCAACAAUGAUCAGUUGAGCAAAGAACUUCGGAAUGGACAUGUGUUUGACGGGUGGAAAGAGGGGAUCAUAAACUUUGCACCAACUUACAAAUACGAGAUCAAUUCUGAUAGAUAUGUCGGCCAAAAUCCAAGAGAAGGAGAAAAAAAGAGAUCUCCAGCGUGGUGUGACCGUAUACUUUGGUUCGGAAAAGGCAUCAAGCAGCUUUUUUACAAGCGAACGGAGAUAAAGCUUUCAGAUCAUCGACCCGUGAGUUCAAUGUUUUUGGUUGAAGUCGAGAUAUUUGACCAACGCAAGCUACAAAAGGCCCUUAAUUUCUCGAGUGCUGUGGUACAUCCCGAAAUUUUUGCCGAAACAUGCUGAAAAAUAUUAAAUUUCAGUAUGUCAUAUAGUGUAUUCUCAACUCUCUCAAGAGUAUGUUUGUUAUGUUGACAUAUGUACAAUCCAUCAUCCUAGUUUAUGAGUGACAUAAAAAAGAUUUGUAAGAAGUUUUUUUUUUUUUUUCUUUCAGCUUCACCACUAGCUUAAACUCACCUUAAAAGAUUUGUAAGAAGGUUUUUUUCAGCUUCACCACUAGCUUGUAACCAAGUCAUGUUACACUAGUAGAAUGAUUUGCAUCACAUGCUUGUAAAGGAAUUUCCGUUGAAAAUAUUCAUGUAAAAUGGAGAGAUUAAAUAAAA